AUGGCGGAUACUUCUGGGACUUUGAAAAGUAUAGAACGACUGAAACGUGAGAAAAGAAAUGCAAAGACAAGGCUUACAAGAGAAAGAAACAAAUUAUACGAGCUCCUAUCAACAACAAAAGCAAGUAAGAACACGAUUAGACGAUAUAUUAGUAAAAUCAAAUCGGAAUUUCUUAUAAUAGAAAAAUUACUAAACAAAUUGAAAGAAAUGUUUAUAUUCGAGAGCAUACCAGAAUCGGAAACAGAGGUAGAAAAAAUAGAAAGAGAAAUUGAUGAAAUAGGCAAUCAGGUGGAUGUCAUUAUAGAAGCUGCGGAAACGCAUUUAAAAGAAAGAUUGGAAGGGGGCGAAUUGGAAUCAAUAGCUCCAUCAGGCUCAACCCAUUCCGAGUAUGAAAUACAACAAUCAGAGAUAGAGGCAGCAAACAAAAGAGUCUUAACAUUACAAACAGAGGAAAACCAAAAAGAAGAAGAGCUUCAAAGGAAAGCUGUAGAACUUGAACUUGCAAAACAAAGAACAGAUGAGGCACGUAAGAUUGUUUGUAUUAUUGAUGCUAGAUCUCAUAAUACCACCCCCAAACCAGCGCAUGACUCUGAUGAAACAUGUUCCCACAGUCAAUUACCACAACAGGUACCAGGUCCUAGUACCCCCCUGAAUGAGAUGGACCCUAAUCAGUUUACACCACAACAAACCCUAUAUCCUAGUACCCCCCUGAAUGAGAUGGACCCUAAUCAGUUUACACCGCAACAAACCCUAGACCCUAGUGCCCCUCCACCUGAGACACACCUUAGUCACCUCCAACCACAACAAACCCUAUACCCUAGUACCCCUCCACCUGAGACACACCUUAGUCACCUCCAACCACAACAAACCUUAUACCCUAGUACCCCUUCACCUGAGACACACCUUAGUCACCUCCAACCACAACAAACCCUAUACCCUAGUACCCCUCCACCUGCGACACACCCUGGUCACCUCCAACCACAACAAAUCCUAGAUCCAAGUGCCACAGCAUUUACUUCAUCCCAGUCCCCGCAACGACCCAUCCCAGAUCCUGACCUAAGUGAUGGUUUUUCCUCUCAAGGUCAUCCUGCCCAGUUUCCAUGGCAACAAACCUCCAAACCUGUUCUGA